AUGUCUCUGUCCAAGUUCACCGGCGCAGCCGUGCUGCUUGCCCUCGCCCCCACCGCCAUGGCCCUGGGCCAGGCCACCGUCGUCAACAACUGCGGUUUCCCCAUCUACUACGCCUCGGUCGGCCAAAGCCAGCACGCCGAGAUGCAGCAAAUGCAGGGCAGCUACUCUGAGCAGUUUGGCGAGCAAGGCAACGGAAUCUCCAUCAAGCUCGCCCCCAGCGCUGAUGCCAACCCUACUCAGUUCGAGUUCACCUGGGCGGACGGCAAGAUCAACUACGACCUGUCCAACAUCAACGGUAACCCCUUCGCCAAUGAGGGCAUGUCCCUGGUGCCUUCGAUGUCGAACGACCCCAACAACCCAACCUGUGUUCCCAUCAACUGCGCCGCCGGUGACUCCGUCUGUGAUGCCGCCUACAACCAGCCUGAUGAUGUCCGCACUCACGUGUGCAGUGACAACGCUGACCUCGUGCUCACCAUGUGCCCCGGUGGUAGCAGCGGCACCCCAUCAAGCUCUGGCUCAAGCUCUGGCUCAGAGACUAGCACUGCUUCGCCCUCCGCCAGCGCUGUUGCCAGCUCUGCCCCCGCUGCGUCUUCCACCACUACCUGGGGUGGCAGGCCUCCCUCCAAGCGCGCCGAGCACGGCCACCAGCGUGUUCACUCGCGCGCUUUCCGCGUGUAA